GCCGUACGCUCAAAGACAGCGUAGCUGCACUCCUCGACAUAACAAGCACAGUGCCACUUACGGUGUUCACCCCUUCCAUCGUUCAGGCCGAAGGCUGAUGCAGAGCUGAGUCAUGCUCACACCGACCGCCAUUUCUAUACUGGGUACUGCCGGUCACCUCACCUCGCGCGCCGGUGCCUCCCUCACGAUACACCCAACGUGAAUCAGCACACUGUGCAAAGAUCCUUGCCCGCAGAGAGACACCCUCUGAGAAUUUGGAAGAUAGCGCUCGAUUCUGGCUCUGGAGACCCUAUAUAAGGCGCACCGAAAUGCUGCAGUCCUCAUCAACUCACCUCCCGACUCAUCCUCCUUCUGAAACUCAUCCAACCCUCGUACAUCAUGUCUACCUCAUCUACUUCUGCUCUGUUCAAGCCGGUCCAGGUUGGGCCUCUCCACCUUCAGCAUCGCAUCGUUCUCGCACCUAUGACCCGGUUCCGUGCUAGCGCAGCGCACGUUCCCCUUCCUAACGUGAAGGAGUACUAUGCGCAGCGUGCCAGCGCUCCUGGAACGCUCCUCGUCACUGAGGGCACGUUCAUCGCACAGCAGGCCGGUGGGUACCCGCAUGUGCCCGGCAUCUGGAACGACGAGCAGAUUGCUGCUUGGAAGGAGGUCACCGAUGCCGUGCACGCGAAGGGCUCGUACAUCUUCCUCCAGCUAUGGGCCUUGGGACGCGGCGCAUCGCUCGCCCAGCUUCAGUCGGAAGACCCGUCCUUCAAGCUCGUCGCACCGUCGCCCAUCCCACUCAAGGGGACAACGGACAUCCCUCAAGAGCUCACUGUUGCCGAGAUCAAGGAGUACACCUGCCUGUACGGAGAGGCGGCGAAGAAUGCUGUCCACAAGGCGGGCUUCGACGGCGUUGAGAUCCACUCCGCAACUGGCUACCUUGUCGACGAGUUUUUGCAAGAGAACUCAAACCAGCGCACCGACGAAUACGGCGGCUCCAUCGAGAACCGCACACGCUUCGCCCUCGAGCUCCUUGACGAAGUAGUUGCUGCCGUUGGCGCCGACCGCGUCGGCUUCCGCAUCAGCCCCUGGAGCACCUUCCAGGACAUGCGCAUGCCCGACCCCGUCCCCCAGUUUUCUCACCUCGCCUCCCAAAUCAAGGCACGCUUCCCCGACUUUGCCUACCUCUCCGUAGUCGAGCCGCGCGUUGUCGCCACGGACACGCGUCCCGAUGACGAGAUCGCGCCUGAGGAGCAGACGGACUUUUUGCGCGCGAUCUGGGCGCCGAAGACGUACAUCAGCGCAGGCGCGUACUCGAGGGACCUGGCGAUCAAGGGCGCAGAGGAGAAAGGGGAGCUCAUCGCGGUUGGGAGGUACUUCUUGUCCAACCCCGACUUCGUGCGUCGGUGGAAGGAGGAUCUCAAUCUCAACCCGUACAACCGGGACACCUUCUACUUGCAGGGUGAUGCCAGCGGCAAGGGGUACACGGAUUACCCCUUUGUGGACGUGAAGGCGUAGCACAUUGAAACCGUCGACUGGAAUUUGAAUCUGUAACUUGAAAUCAUCAUAGAGCAUUCAAAC